AUGAUCGCUAAGACUCUCAUGGUAUCCUUUCUUGUUGUAGCAGUUUCUGCAGAUAAAGAUCUUCAAACAGUAGCUGAAAAAUGCUGUGCUGCCGAGCAUCGCGAUUGCUGCAUCGAUUCCAUGCAGUUCUUCAAACCUUUAUCAUGUGUUCCUAAUCACGAUGAAAAACUGGAAAUGGUCAAAUGCAUGCAAGAAGAACUCUUCGGAGAGCCCACCCUCGUUAGUCUAGUUGUCCAAGAUUUUGGCUGCUGUUCGGUGUUUGACACGAAUGACAACGACCCAGAGAGCAACUGCCUUUACCAUUGCGAGAACACCGUAAUGAUCCCUUCUCUUCAUCCACGCGAGAAAAUCCGUAGAAUCAGAAAAUGCAUGAUGACUAACUUCAAGAACACCGUCUACAAGUGCUUCGUCAAGUGCCAGGCCUCUAGACGCGUACGAUCACAUGAAAGAUUCCAGCUGGAACGACACUGCAACAUGACAGAUUUCAUGAGAGCUAACCAAUUUUACUAUGGUGCAGCCGUUCUUAGUCCUUAA